UGGCACAUAAAGCUAGAGAGGAGAUGGCUACUGCCAGGGUAUGGCCUGCACUGCUGCAGAUGGCUUCGCUGCUCUUCUCUCCAGACGGCAUGCUGGCAGCCACUCAGAAAGCUACAGUGACUUUGGAGCCACCAUGGAAUAGAAUAUUUAAAGGAGACAAUGUGACUCUUAUAUGUCAUGGGAAAACCUCCCUUGAAGCUGGCCCCUUUACGUGGAUCCACAAUGGCACCAUUUCUAAGGUGACGACUUCACGUUUGGACAUCGUGAAUGCCAACUUUGAAGACAGUGGGAAAUACAAAUGCCAGAUCAAUGGACUUUAUCAAAGCGAAUCUGUGCACCUGGAAGUGUUCAGUGAUUGGCUGCUCCUUCAGUCCUCUGCUGAGAUGGUGAGAGAGGGUGAGACCUUUCUCAUCAGGUGUCAUGGCUGGAGGAACUGGAAUGUCUACAAGGUGAUCUACUACAAGGAUGAUGUAGCUUUCAAGUACAUGUACCAAAGCCCAAACAUCACCAUUACCAGUGCCUCACUUAAUGACAGUGGUACCUAUCACUGUGAUGGCAGAGUUCGGCGCCUGGAAUAUCACUCUGAGAGGCUCAAAAUUACUGUGAUAAAAGCUUACCAAUCCAGGUUUUCCUGGCUCCAAGUUAUUAUUCCAUUGGCAGUGGCCAUGCUGUUUGCUGUGGACACAGGGAUAUUGUUCUCAACCCGGGAGCAGUUCAAAUCAAUCCUGAAGAUUCGGGAGACCAGAAAAAGUGGCCAACACAAGUCCACUCCUCAAAGUAGCUAAUGUCAUUACUAAAGAAACAGUUUGCCCUAGCAAUACAUUACAGCCUACUCAAUAACUUUGCAAAUGUCAAACAUAGUUCACAAUAUGCACAGAGACACCCAUACUCAAAGAUCUGUUUCAUUAAACCAACUGUAACUGGUUAGUGGCUUAUAAUAGAACUCAAUAAACAUUGGUGGGGAAAUGAGUAGCUUCAUAUUAAUGUUUGUAAAUUAGAUGCAUAAUUUAAACAAAAUAAACAUGAAACUACAUAACAAGAUAUUUUUAGAGAUUCAAAACUUUCAGUUCAUUUUCUUUUUGAAGAAAAACCAAUCAGGACCUAGAUUUCAAAUGUCAUCUCUUAACCAUUAUAAGCAUGAGCUGGAAAUGAAUAAAGAUGAGAGGACACUAA